UUCAGUCAGUUGUUUUUUAAUGUGUUGGUUGUUCUUUUCGGGACUGCUGACGAAAUUCGUGUUCAAAUAAAUACAAAAUUUUCUUUUGUGUAACUUAUAAAAGAUUUGUGGAAGCAGAAAAAUUAUAUAAAAGGCAUUUCGAAAGUACCGUGAGUGGCGUAGCGGAGAAGCUGGGUUUUUUGGUGAUGGCUUCGACUGAUGUAAAUGUGAAACUGUCUCGUCUCUAUCACUUGGCGCAGAAGUUUAAUAAUUUUUACCUGACAGGUUUUCAAAAGGGUGAGAUACGUCCGUUUCUAGUUGAAGGUGAACAAGUUGGCCUUAUCAAGGCGGAUGUGGUCAAGCAGCUUCAACGCUAUCCCGAAAUAUUUUGUAUACGCAAUUGUGAAUUCACAAAACAGGGUAUCGUUGAGUUAAAUCCUGCAUUCCGUGACUAUGCUGAACGCACAAAGCAAGUCGAUAUAGUAUUACGUGAUUUACGUUCUAAGGGCAUUUUUUCUGCACUCCAAGGUUGGCGUGAUGAGUAUUAUGAAGUUAAAUCGGAAUAUCGAAGUCUAUUGAAAAUGGAUCGUUCGGCCACACCAUUAUUUGGUGUACGCAAAUAUGGUGUCGAUAUUAAUGGCUAUGUACAACAUCCAACGCAGGGUCUUUGUAUUUGGCUACAACAACGUUCCAACACCAAAGAAACAUGGCCCGGCAAGUGGGAUAACAUGGUUGGUGGCGGUCUGUCGGUCGGCUAUGGCAUCAAAGAGACAGCAAUUAAAGAGGCAGCUGAAGAGGCAUCCAUUCCAAGUGAUCUCGUCAAAAAUCUCGUUUCAGCCGGUUGUGUAUCAUUCUUUUUCGAAAGUGAUCAAGGUUUAUUCCCAAAUACGGAAUAUGUAUUUGACUUGGAGCUUCCAUUGGAUUUUGUACCACAAAAUGCUGAUGGUGAAGUGCAAGCAUUCGAAUUGCUGCCAGCCAAAGAGUGUGUGGAACGUGUAUUUACGCCUGAUUUUAAGACAACCAGUUGCCCAGUGGUUAUAGAUUUUUUAAUUAGACAUGGCUAUAUAACGCCUGAAAAUGAAGUACAUUUUACACAAAUCAUUGAGUUAUUACAUGUGCCACUACAGUCGCUCUACACGUACAAGUCACUUUUGGAGCAAAAACAAAAACUCAAACUACAAAAUCAGCCGCUGCCACAGCCGCAACAACAAUCGCAUCUUGCCAAUAAUAUUAAAACCGUUGAAAAUGGACACAAUAACAAAGACGACGCAAUAACCAAUUAACGAGAGAGCGUAGAAAAAUGUGCAAACGUAAAAAUAAUAUGAUAGAGAAAUCUAAUAAAAAUGGGAAAUUUUUGGUAGUAAACGAUAGAAAAAAAAACAGACUGCGUAUUUUACGUUUACGCCCGUAGGUAUUUAUAUACAAUACAACAAUACAUAACGAAUUACGGUAUUUGCUGUUUAUAUAUACAUACAUAUAACUUACUUAUAUACAUAUACAUAUAACAUAUAUAAACAUAGUUUAGAAUAUUUACCGUUCUAUGCAAAUGAACUACGAAUUGCUGCGUGUCCUGCGCGUGGAAAAUGCUAUAAGCUUAGAGAUACGGCACAUUUUUUUCUAACUACCUACCUACGCCACCUAGGCCUCUUCUAAUUUAACUAAUUGCUAGAUUGGAUUCAAUUGCUGACUUAAAAGAGUUAUUCUUUGUUAUGACUAUCCAAUAAAAAUUUAAUUAUAAAAGUAAUUCGUAUAACGAAUACACCGUUUGUAACAAACGACAAGAAAAAUCUUAACGUUACUAAACUUGAAUGUGCGCAUAGAAAUAUUUUCAAAUAUAUGCUAUAUUGAAAGAAAUUUUGUACACGUAAAGAAAGUUGCAAACAUUUCAUUUAAAAUUAAUAAUAAAUAAAAUGAUUCUAAAGGCUAUCGUGAGAAUACAUAAAACAUCAAUUGUUGUUAAAAACUUAGUUGUUCAAGUUAAUUUUAUUUCUUUAAUUAUACUUACUAUAUCAACUUAAAAUAAAUUACUUUUAUUACUUAAAGGCGCUUUGUAAAUUUAUAAUUAUCUCAUUUCUUUUUGUUUACCGAAACACAUAAAAGACAAGCAAUCCAUAUUUUUGCAUUCGUGCACGUGCAAUGUCGAUGAAAUGUAUGUAGUAACUGUAAUUUAUGUAAACAUUUUUGAACAUUUUAACACUGCGUAACAAAUUGAAUAUACUUACAAUAUACGAAAAAAUGUAUACAUACACACAUAUAAUGCACCACAUUUUUUUAAAUGAAAUUUAAAGUAUAAUGAAGGCUUAAUAUUUUAAUCAUAUGUUUAUAAUAUAUUUAAAAAUUUACAUACACAUGCGCAUAUAAUCAUAGGAUGUAAAAAAGCGAAAAAAAAACAAAACUGCAAUUAAUAUACAUAUAUGUAAAUGUAGAUGUUCAUACGUGGCAUAGUACAUAUAAAUAUUAUAUUAUUGUAUUGAUUUAUGCUGCUGAUAUUAGAUAAUAUGUGUAUGUACCAAAGUGCUCAAAACACGUGUUUUUCUGUUGAAAUAUUUUUUAUAAAAUCUUACUUUAGUUAUGAAUUAUGAGUAUAUAUAUAUAUAUAUAUAUAAAAUAA